CUCUUCCGGUAGUCAUAUAAUCGCGCUUUUUAGCUGACCUAGCCUCGUACAUCCAUAAUAUUACGUGACAUCGAUGUUAUGCGUAAAUGCUGCUCUCCAAAAGACGCCUCCAAAGACGCAACGAGUGCCUACAUUUCCCGAGAAGCAAGUGAAAAUUUCCGGGUAACGUUCCUGCAUUGUCGCCUAUGAAUAAAUACUCUUGCCUCAGAAGAAUUCAAUCAUGACAAAAUGGCGAGCGGUGUUGGAAAGCACAAAUUAUUCCUGGGGCCAACAGAGCCAUGGUCGGUAAGAGAGAAGUUAUGCCUGGCAUCUUCCGUUAUGAAGAGUGGAGACCAGAACUGGGUGUCUGUCAGUCGCGCCAUCAGACCGUUUGCAGAGCCUGGUCGACCCCCUGACUGGUUCUCCCAAAAGCACUGUGCUUCCCAGUAUUCAGAGCUUCUUGAGACAACGGAAGCUCCCAAGCGAAAGCGUGGAGAGAAGGGAGAGGUUGUGGAGACUAUAGAGGACGUGAUUGUGCGAAAGCUGACGGCGGAGCGGGUGGAGGAGCUGAAACGGAUGAUCAGAGAUACACAGGAGAAGCACAGGAAGUUGAAGAGAGAGGCCGAGAUGAUUCAGGCCGGACAUCUGGACUCCAAACUGGAGGAGCUGUGGGGCGAUAUUACCCAGAAGAAGAAAGAGGAGGACGAGGAGGCUGAGGCGAAGAGGAAGGCUACAGAGGCAGCCUAUGAGGCCAGACAGGCAGUGAAGAACGCUCCAAGACGGACGCCCAGUGUGGCCGUUGGCACACCCCGAGGCGAGGCAUCACUGGCCCUGGAUCAGGCCAGCACAGACGGCCCCAUAGCUACCACACCUGUGGACCUCAGCUCCACUGGCCAGGGGACCACUGUCUUCAUUCCCAUACCGGAGGUCUCCAUCUCGGGUACUGCCGGGCCUGAGCCAUGCCAGGGAGGUCUGGUGGUCCAGAAGGCCACGCCACCACCAUCCCCUCUCCUCUCAGAGCUGCUGAAGAAGGGCAACCUCCUAGCCAACAGCCCUAGACUGGGAGCUGAUGGGGAUCUUUCGGGACUGCACGGUAUUGACUUGCAAGUGGCAGGAACACUGCUACCUGCCCAGGCUGCUUCAGUAGGGGCUCCCACUCUGUCUCGUCUGCUGGAGGCUGGGCCUGCUCACUUCCCCUCUUCCCUGGGUCCCCCCUCAGCCUCGGCCCCUGCUGCUGAGCCCCGCACCCCCCACACCACUGCCUCUGCACCCCCUGCCACGGACCCUCCUGCCUCUCUACACACAGCAGAGGUCAAGACAGCGCAGAGAGAGGAAGAGGAGGAGGAGGAGGACUUGGUGAACACAUCCUACAUAGAGGAUGAGCUGGACUUGGACACUGUCGGGGAAAUCAUCGCCAUCAUGGAGAACAAGGUGUGUGACAGUGUGGAGGACUUGGAUGCCGCGGCAGUGGAGGCGGCACUCUCCCUGAGCAAGGACACGGGUCGCAGUCUCUCCGCUCCCUGGGAAGCCACCGCCUCUUCCUCUUCCUCCUCCUCCUCUUCCUUCAAGACCCCCAGCUCCGAUGCUCCAUCCCACACAACACAGGGUCACCCAAGGAGCAGGGAAGUGGUGACAGAUUCCAGACCUGUUCUAGCUUCCGAGUCGCAGAGCCGCUGUGGUCAGACUCGUUCCGAGGCCACUGUUCCGGGGUCAGUGGACCACGUCGCACACACACACCACGGGCCUGCCGGUGGCCGGCACUGCAACCCGGGCUGCGUUGUGAAGGAGGAGGGACCAGAGGAAGGAUGCUACGGCUGUCCUGCUGCGGCCGGGAAAUGUGACACGCCACCACAAAGCACAGAUUCAGUGACAGAAGACCCCCUGGUGUUGUUAAAGCUGCCUAAGGUCGUGAAGGUGGAGGAGGAGGAGGAGGAGGGAGAGGAGGAUGAGGAGGAGGACGCGGUGAGUGGGGGAGCGGAGGGGGGUGCACAAGAGGAGGAGGAGGAGUGUGGCGCUCACGGGUGGUGCGUGGAGUGUGUGGAGGGUGAGGGAUGCGUGGAGGGCGGAGAGGGGGAGGGAGAGGGGGAAGGGGAGCCCAUGGCACUGGCCAGUGAGAGCGAGGACGGCUGCAGCAUGCGCACCGCCUGCUCAUCCCUACAGCUCCACCUACAGGCCACAGACAGCAUCGCCAGCAGCCCCGCCUCCUCCUCACAGUUCUCCAUCUGCAGUGAGGACCAGGAGGCCAUCCAGGCCCAGAAGAUCUGGAGGAAGGCCAUCAUGCUGGUGUGGAGGGCGGCAGCCAACCACAGAUAUGCAAAUGUAUUUCUGCAACCCGUUACAGAUGACAUCGCCCCUGGCUACCACAGUAUUGUGUACAGACCCAUGGACCUGUCCACCAUCAAGAAGAACAUCGAGAUGGGGGCCAUCCGCACCACGGUGGAGUUCCAGCGCGACGUCAUGCUGAUGUUCCAGAACGCACUGAUGUACAACAGCUCCGACCACGACGUCUUCCACAUGGCCAUGGAGAUGCAGCGAGACGUCCUGGAGCAGGUGCAGCAGUUCCUGGCCACCCAGCUGAUCAUGCAGACGUCGGAGAGCGGCAUCAGUGCCAAGAGCCUGCGGGGCCGAGAGCCCAGCCACCGUCAGGAGCCCGGUGACAAGGACUCUGUGCCUAUGGCCUCUCCUGCCUUCCUUCUCUCUCUCUUUGAUGGUGGCACAAGGGGGCGACGUUGUGCCAUAGAGGCAGACCAGAAGAUGAAGAAGUAAGCACAGUGACGGUGGUGUUCCAGUGGUGUUGGGGUUAAUGGAAAUCCCAGAUGGAUGGAUGGAUGGGUGGGUGGGUGGAUGGAUGGAUGAAGGACCAAGGCUGUCUGCCUCGUGGAGCAGGCCUCAGUCAGAAUCAGUUGACGGUGCGAUGAUUCAGAAUGAAGCCUUCAUGUUCCCAGACCCACAUCUGUGUAAAGGUGUCUAAAAACAGAGCAAUUAGCCCCUUUUCACCGUCGGACGUCGGAGAAGUUCUGGUUUGGAGAAAAGCAGGAUGAAUGACUUCCAGUUUUAGGCAGAAUAAGUGGCAUUUAUGUAAAUGUCUAUGCCAUUGGGUGCAACUUUAAUCUGCUUUGAAUGCAUUGAAAAGUUCAGUGUUCAAAGGUGUCUGACGUCUCGUGAAACAGGCCCGUUCCCACCCCCAUUUACAAUGGCACUCAGUCCAAGCAACACCAAGUAAUGUUGUUUCUUCAAACUGAUAUUGAUGCUUCCACGAUGAGUGGACUUGGUUGAGUGGAAUGAGUUGGUUUAUGGGCUUGUAACAGGGUAAAAGUCACUUCUAAAUUCAUUUUUGCCCUCUCUACAUGGGCUAUAACCCCACUUGUCAAUUUUAGAGCAGGAGACUAACCUAGUACUGGACUGGACUAAACCGUAUUGGCAGAAUAUUUUGCCUGGCGGGUUGGUCUAGCCUCGCACCAUAGGGGAUAAUCUUUGCUGGACCGCGAAUCUGGCCUGGCUACAGUGUCCUCAAAUUGCAAAGCGCUGUCUAGUUUUGAAUCUGUGUAGCGAGUCAUUGGGAUUGGCUUGGCAUGGUGACAAAUAACUAUUAUGGUGUUGCUUUAAUCCUUUGGAUCUGGCGUCAUAUAUAUAUAUAUUUUAUUAUUGACAGGAUUAUGUGGAGCUCAGUGGGUCGCUCAGUAUUCGAAGAACAUGGUUAAGUGAUAAACCUGGCUAAGUUAGCCUACAGAAAAUGGGAAACCUGCUGCUAGAUAGCCUGCAUGUGUUGUUUAAUUAAGGAGAACUCCAGGCUCUUCUAUUAGCUGAUUUACCCUACAGUUUACCUACUUAACCUGGACAGUGUUUCUUGAAAGCACCAUUGCUAACCUGUUAGCAUCUUACUAGGUUUCCAAUGGCAGAUUGCAUUGCAACCAAAUAAUUUGCUAACUUAGUUGGCUACAAUGUUGUUGAGAAACACACUCCUGGUUCACCACUGAACCACUUUGUUUUUGGAGGACCCCUCUGUUUUGUAACUGUUUUCCAGCAUUGUGAGCAUGUCUAUCAUGAACCAGUGGAUGUAUGAUGUGCUGUUUUGUGUUGUACUAUGAAUCACUAAACUUGUAGUGCCUUCUUAGGUAUUGAAUGACUCAGCCCAAUAAACUAAUUUAACAUGUACAAUGGAGUCUUCUGUAGAAAUUCUGUAAAGCCUUGAGUUGUGUUAUUUGCUCUGGGCAUUGGUUACGCCCUGAUUUGAAAAUUUGGGAUACUUUGUGAAAAUGCAUCCCAUUAAUUCUUUUUUAGCAGUGGACUGACCCAUUAACCGGUCUGCACUUUUCUGAUGCCAUGUUGUGAAAACAGUCAUUAAUUCAUAAUCAGCACUUAUGAUGGGUGGUGUGAGGAAUCAUGUCCGUA